GAUGCUUAUAAAACCCCAAACAUGAGUCACCUACAAUCUAUGAAUUACAAGCAGUACUAAAUAUCAUUAGCAAUACUCUUUUUGUUUAAGCCGACAUCUUCCAGUUCAUCGACAGCCAUGGAAACGGGAAGAAACAAGGGCGGCAGCUGUCGAUGCAGGCAACGAUUCUUGGCGAAAGCAAAAUCAAGGUCCAAAGGCAAUGAUGCCGAAUGCCCUUCAUGUAGAAACAACUAUUUCCCAUUUCCAGCUGAAGAACAAUCCAGCCAGUGCCAAGGGGGGCUUCGAAGCCGGAUAGGAACCUUUUAUAGAGAGAAAAUCAGAGGAGGGAAGACGAAUCAAAGUACCAUAACGCCUUCCCUGAAUCUCCCACAGUUGUCGAAGGCGAGAUCGAACAAGCGUGCAGUGCUUUGCGGAAUCACUUACAAUAACUUGAAGCAGUAUAGGCUUAAAGGAACCACUAACGAUGUCAAGAACAUGAGAGAGUUGUUGAUCACUAAAUUUGGUUACCCUGGAAACUGCAUUCGUGUCCUUACUGAAGAGGAGACGAACCGAGAAUUUAUACCGACGAGAAAGAACAUCGAGGAUUCGUUGCGAUGGCUGGUGAAGGAUUGCCAACCGGGAGAUUCGUUGGUGUUCUUUUACUCCGGACAUGGGUUACGGGUGCCGGAUUUUAACAACGACGAGGUCGACGGAUUCGAUGAAACCAUAUGUCCCCUUGAUUUCAAAGAAAAGGGCAUGAUCGUGGAUAAUGAUCUUAAUUCCCUCAUCGUUCGUCCGCUCACUAGUGGCGUUACUCUUCAUGCCGUUGUUGAUGCCUGUCAUAGUGGAACCAUUCUAGAUCUUCACAAAGUUUACAACAGUAUAGAGAGAAAAUGGGAAGACAACAGUCCUCCCUCGGGUGUGUAUAAAGGUACAAAAGGUGGAUUAGCCAUUUCUAUCAGUGCUUGUCUAGAUAAUCAAGCUGCUGCUGAUACCUCUGCCUUCACUGCUGGGAAGAUGAACGGUGCUCUGACCUACAUACUGGCCGAGAUUCUGAAGAAAUGGCCCGGUCCGACAUACGGCGACUUGUUCGAUUUAAUUCAUGAAACCAUUGAAAACGUUAAUCAAUCUGGAUGCCUUGCUAAUACAAGAAUCUUAAGGAGACUUUUCGAUUCUAGCUUCUCACAGACAGCUCUUCUCUCGUCUACAGCUGAGUUUGACGUUUACAGAAAGCAUUUGUUUUUGUAAACAAUUUUGCUGCAACAUAUAUAUUGCCACCUGCGAGAUGUUUGUCCAUGAAUGAAUAGAAACAUUGGAGGAAAAUAAAAGGUUGGAUCAUCCGGUAAA